GCAGAAGCAGAGCCGAGUGCUUUGCGGGACAGUCAUUCUAAUUCGACGCCUUGCUGACUGCAGACGCACUCGGAACCACGGAAUCGAAGUGGGAAUCGGAAUAAUAUUGAAUAGUAUUUGAAUUUGGGAUCGAAACGGGCUGCGGAUCGGACGGCUAGACAGACGCAUUUGGCCAAGUGUCGCGCGGUGCCAGGCCACACUCCAAUCUCUAAUGAAGCAGUGUUUUAGCUAAAUUUUUUUAAUUUAGUUCCAAUUUGGCUAUCGAAACGAGUUUCCAGCUGUGCUUGCCCCCUCUCCGGAGUGUGUAUUUUUUUGUGUGUGCGUGUGUUGUGGCAGGCUCAUUUGUGAAAAACUUAAUUUGCGGCUCUGUGGCAAGACACAUUUUCACCUGAAUUGCAAUCAAGUGCAAUUAUCAAACGAACAGCGAACAAAACAAACAUUGAGAUAACCGCCAUGUCUGCGGAAACAUCAAACACCACUCCGCUGCUGGACCUGCUGAUCGGCAGCACCAGCAGCACCAUCAGCCCCACCGCUGCACCGCCAGCAAGGGCUCUCUAUGCGAAUCGGAACCGUUUGAUCUUCAGCCUCAUAAUCAUGGGUCUGGGGGUGUUCGGAAAUUCUCUGGCUCUCGUUAUUUUGGCGCGCAAAAAGCACAACAAGAACAGCAAAUACACUCUCAUGUUGCGCUGCCUGGCCACCAACAAUCUAGUGGCUCUGCUGGGAAUGCUGACCACCUCGCUUCUGAAGUACAACAUGCACAAGGAGGGGGUUCAAUCCGACAUGCGGCUGGACUGUGUGGGGCAUGUGGUGUGGCGCUUCUUUGGCCUCAGUUCCGGAUGCAUUGCAGCCGUAAUGGCCGCUGAACGUUGGAUGGCCCUGGCCCGACCCUUUAUCUACCACAAGCACAUCACCUAUGAGCUGAUCCGGAAGAGCAUCAAUAGCAUUGUGAUUGCGGCCUUGAUCAUCACGUUCCUGCCCCUUGUGGGCUUCGGAGCCUACAUCGACGAGUCGAAUCCAGACAGAAUGAAAUGCAUACGAUACCGUGAUGCCGAGGGCUUCUGGAACAAGGCAUAUGCUGUGGUAUUCAUGGUCUUUGGCACGCUUCUGUGCAUCGUGAUCGUGACCUGUAACCUGUUCGUGGCCCACACCCUGCUCUGUGUGAUCGGUAAGAGUCGCACGGCCAAGCGGCACAUGCACUACGAUCUGGUGCGGGACAAGGCCAGUAUGCAGAGUAUCGACCCGGAGAGCAGCAGUGGCACCACCCUCUACCAGACGCAGUACAGCACUGGAAGCGGAACCGGCAGCAACCACAGUGCGCCCCACAGGCAAUCGUCCCGACAGUUCCAGCACAGUGUCAGCGUAACGAUGGCGGGCACAGAAUCCUCGCCGGUGGAGAUCAAGUUUGCCAAGCUGAUGGCCUUUCUGAGCAUCUCGUUUGUCAUCUGCUGGAUGCCCCAGAUGAUUGCCAUACCCUUGGCCAUUGCCCCGGACCGAGUUGACAAGAAAAACGUGUUCUUUCUCAUUGCGGAUGUCCUCACGGCCCUGCACUUCACAUCGGAUCCGUACAUCUAUGUGCUGAGUCGCUCCAAGUCCAUCAACUGGUCCCUGCUGAGCUGCGUCAAGCGCUGGCGCGGCGGCUGGCGCCAGGGCGGACUACGUCGCUCCCAGAGCGAUCAGAGCCGGAUGCGCACCACCAUGACGGAGGCGAAUACUCUCGACUGUAACUUCAACUAAGUCUCGAACUCCAGCAUUAUUUCUGCACCCAAGUACUUAACUGUAAAGCUAUGUCCUGUGUGUUUUUUUUAUAUUCAUUUAUUUUUCUCUAUGAUAUACUGUACAAUUACUAGUAAAAUUAUAGUGGGGUAACGGACAGGGGUACUGUUGGGACAAGGGGCCCCGCGCACUGCGGUACUGCAGUCUGCUUCCUCCGCGUUCUGUCCAGGGACCUGAGCGUUCGCAUCACUCUAGAGGCAAACUCCACGGCCGCCAGAGUCUCGGUGCUGACCCUAGACCCUGUGUCUGUCGCUCGUGGUCAAACCUAUUGCAGUCGAAGAGGACGUGUCGCGCGUCCUCCUCCAUACCGAAGCGUUUGAGGCAGCUGCAGAAGCAGCCAAGUCCCAGCAUGCUAUGCAUGAAAUGAGGCUGUGGUUGCCCUUGGUUGCCCCACCGGGUCUGCCAUUUGUCAAUGUUGCUCCUGCUGGCGGUGUCCUUUAACUCGGCUUUAGUACGUACCUCAGCUACCUUGUCCUGCAUGGCGUCUUCAAUCUCCUUCCUCUCCCGUAUCAGCUCCCUGAGCGGCGAAGAGCAUUUCCGACGUCACGACACUCGUCAACAGCUUCCUCGUUGACUGCUGCGGUCCUGUGGUAUUCAGAAGCAUCCUGGAUAGCGCUCCUGCAGGACAGCCACGUGUCGAUUAGGACUCCUAGAUACUUGAUAAACCUCUGCGAUUGGACCGCCGUCGUUCUUUGGGCCACCAGCUCCAGCUCCGCGACGGUUAGCCAUGCCUCUACGGCUCGGACGGACACGGCGGCGAGUUCCUUCGUUACUGUCACAAUCGCGACGUCGUCGGCGAAACCUACCAAGCUAAAGUUGGCUGGCAUCGGGAUCCUUAGGACCCCAUCGUACAUGGCGUUCCAGAGCAGAGGUCCCAAAACGGAGAGCCACCAGUGUUCGAUCCCAGUCUGUUCUGUGUGGGUAUGUGCGUGUGCGUACUUACGCCAUACUCGGCGUGCCCCAUACCGCUAUGUGUACAACCCCUUCGAAACGGGCCUCUCGAAGGAUCCCAUACCCGUCUUCUAGUCUUGUAAGCUGUAAAUAAUAUACCUUUCCUUUUACGAGUAUUACCAUAUCAAGGCUUUCUCUCUGUGCUUAGAUCAUCACAUAAUCUCAGAAUAUAAAACCGAUUUGAACAAUA